AAUUUGAUACGUUUUUGAAUAGUUUGUCCAUAUUCUAUAUUGUGAUUCAUUCAAAACAAAAUGGCAACCGAAGCUACUAGAAAUCAAUUGGCUGUGAUAGAAAAUCUUGAUGAAAAAAUCAAAGAAGUUCGUCAAUAUAUUGAAGAACAAUAUGAAAAAAAUAAAGAAUUAUAUGAUGAAAGCGAUAUGGAACGUAUUCGUAAUGAUGAUUGGACUGUUGAAAGAUUUAUUCGUCGUCGAAAAACACUAAAAGAAUCGAAAGAAAUGUUGGAUAAUACUCUUAAAUUUCGUCAUGAAAUGGCAAUGCCUCGAUUAAAGGAUGAUGAUUUUCCUGAAGAAUUUCAUAAAAUUGGUACAAUAUUUUGCUAUUGCAAUGAUAAACAAGGAAAUGGCAUGAUCUAUUUUCGUGUUCGACUUCAUCGUAAAGUUAAAGAAUUAGAACAUGAUUUCAAACAAUUCAUUCUUUAUCAAGUGGAAAAAAUGGAUCGAAUAACCAAUGGUAAUGGUAUGGCUAUUGUUUUCGAUUUGAAAGGAACCGGCUUAGCUAAUUUAGAUAUGGACAUGAUCUGGUUUUUGGUCUCAUCAUUGCUCAAUUAUUAUCCUAUCGGUAUUAACUACAUAUUAGUUUAUGAAUUACCAUGGUUAUUUCAAUCGGCAUGGAAUGUAAUCAAAGGUUGGCUACCAACCGAAACACGAAACAAAAUUAAAUUUUGUAAAGAAGAUGAAAUUUUCGAUUAUAUUAAUCGUGAAAAUUUACCAAUGUAUUUGGGCGGUACUUGUCGAAUAAAUUAUCAUCAUGUGCCGAAAAAUAGUCGAACAUCGAUGGAAAUCGGGCAAGAACGUGGAAAAACACCAAAAGAAAUUAAUAAAUAUCUUAAACAAUUUCAGCCAUUAUUGGAUGAAGCAGAUGAAGAGAGUAAAAUUUUACUAUCAGAAAAUUGAAUUCCAUUGAUUUGAUACGAUUUUAUCAAAUGAUCUAUGAAAAUAAUUUUUUAAAAUAAUAAAAAAGAUUUUAAAUUGAA